AUGGAGGACCGGCAGCUAAUACCAGAAGGGCACAGGAGAAGUGACCCUUCUGGCAUUAGUCGACCGCAAAUCAAGAAGCAGCAAUUUACUAACCAUUAUAUUUCCAUUUCAUUUUCACAUGUGCAUCGGUUGUCAAGGAUGUGGCUGACUUUUGGAAAGCGGAAUGUAAUUAUACGGGACCACAGCGUUCGAGGAGCUAAAUACGUCAAUGACCACAGUGUUCGUGCGCCUGUCAAACUUCGCAGUAAUGACGGAACUCUGACUGUCGGAGAUCAAAGUCACCACACGGCAAUUUGGCUUAGCGAGAGAAAGCGAGCUAGAUCGCCGUCUCCGGAUGCACCACGGAAACGGUUCCUUCCCAUCCACGACGACUUUCUGUCCGAGGAUGAGUUCCCUGAGCCGACCUCCCCCUUCGAAGGAGACCCAUCCGGGCUCUCCGACGGAGAGGGGGUCCUCAGUGAUAAUCCGCUACAAGAAGAUUACGGCUUUGAAGGUUACCCGCCGAGCCUGGCCCCAUUGGUACGGGAGAUCAAGACGUUGCAUUCGUCCGAUAACACUUCAGCGAGGUUCCAACUGCUCUUCUGGGGAAUUGUGGACACCGCCGACGACCAAAUACUCCAGCUUCUCCCUGAGGAUCAAGUCAAGACAAUCAACGCAAAAUUGAAUGAGAUUCUAUUUAGUAGUAGUGUCUGUGACUGCACCUCGACAGUAACCUAUGUUAUGGACCACCUUCGUAAUGAGACCAGCAUCGCCAACCUUGCACAGAUCGCGUUGUCAACGGGUACCGCCGGGCUGCUACACUACUUUAAGGGUGAUGGUGUUGUGUGGGUGUGUCUAGUUCGAAUGGAAAUACAGGUGCAGUGGGUGGGUAGACCAAGGACCGUCAAAAUUUGUAUAACUAGUGUGAACCCCCAAAAAUAUAGAAAAUGCCAAACUCCUCGUGAUUCACCGAAACUCCUCGUGAUCGAAUCAACUGCCAAGAUGCAUUGA